CAAAAAAGUUUUUGGUUCUGACACAUAGCUGAUUGCUCAAUGUGAAAGCAUUUCCGUUGUGUAUUGAGUUGCAUAUAAAGCCAUCUACUAGGACCUUCCAAUGCUACAUGAAAGCCUUGCCUACAGCUCCACAGGAGAAGCCACUGGGCAAAAGAAUGCAGAAUCAGAGGUUUCAAGAUGCUGUUCCCCAUUUUUCUCUUUCCUGUUUCCCUUGGAAGAAGAUGGCUGGGCUCCUGUUUAUCUGUACAUACAUAGUGGAUGCCUCUGCCUUCAGAAUCCAGCGUGUGGAAAGCACAGAAAACUGCCAGGAUCACACUACGUAUUUCAAACACUACUUUGCACUGAAAGGAGAACCUGUGAUCCUGAAAUGCCCUUCCUCUGAAUACAAACACUUGGACUUUUCCAACCAUCCAUGUAAUCUGACAUGGUCUAAGAACGAUUCAAAACCGAUGAACCAAGGAGGAGAUGAGGAACGAAGAAUUUGGGCACAAGGUGAUGCUCUUUGGUUUUUACCAGCAUCGUUAGAGGACUCCGGACAAUAUAUCUGCACUCGAAGGAAUUCCUCUUACUGUGCUGAUGUCUCCAUUCACCUAACAGUUACUGAGAAAACUGCUGUUCAUGAGAUUUCCUAUCAUCAAAUUCUCUUCACGUUCACUUCUGGAAAACUUGUUUGCCCUGAUCUGGGGGAUUUCAUACAAAAGGAAACAGACUUGGAGCUAAAAUGGUACAAGGAUUCUGUACCUUUGGAUGAAGACAAUAAAAAAUUCAAAAGCUUGAAAGGCACAAACUUUCUCUACAUCAGCUCUGUGUCAUCAAAAGAUUCUGGCUAUUACACCUGUGAAAUGUCUUUUCUCUAUGGACGCACACAGUAUAACAUCACCAGAACUAUUCAGCUACGGACUUUGGAACAAGAAAAGAGAUUUGGUCCAGUGAUUGUAUAUCCAGAUCAGAAGACUACAUUAGCUGUUCUUGGCUCCAAACUGAUCCUUCCAUGUAAAGUAUUUAUUGGCUCUAGUAAACAUUUUCACACGUUUGUGACGUGGCUAGCAAAUGACACUUACAUUGAUACAACGUACAAACAGCGCAGAGUUACAGAGGGAGAGCAUCUGGAAAUUGUAGAAAAUGAUGAGAACUACAUUGAAGUGCCACUAAUUUUUGAUCCAGUCAGAGAAAUGGAUUUUUAUACAGAUUUUAAGUGUGAAGCCCAGAAUAGUCUCGGACACCAAGUGCUGCUAACACGAGUCGAACAAGGAGCAUCCAGUUUCCCCUGGCAUAUUGCAGCAAUUCCGGUAGCCCUGACCUGCCUGAUUUUGGGGGGAUUAUGCAUGCACAAAUGCUGGAAGCGGAGAGCUGGUAACGGAUAUGCUAUAGCCAAGUUGUAACUGGGAAAACCUGUGUUAGUCUUCAACCAUCAACCAAAACGUUUUCAUCCAGCCUAUACCUUAAAUGAACCAAGGCAAAAUAUCUCAGGCUAGCCACAUUAUUUUCUAGGAGGGUGGAUAUUAGAUACUUUCUCUUAUCUAAACUUGUUUGACUUGGUUAAACUGUAAAUAUGGUGUUUUUUGUGUAAACGACUGUGUACAGAAAAAAGGUGUGCCAUUAUUUUGCAAUUGAAGAGCUUUUUGUAGUGUCAUGAAUGUCUGCAUAUCUCUGGUCUGCCUCCUGGUUAUGUGAGGAGGCGGAGGAAAGGAGUUGUCCCUGGUCCUUGUAACUACUGUAAUCUUAUCAUUAAGAAAAUAAUAAUUAAAAGAGUGACUUAAGCAUGCUAGUUCCCAGAAGUACAGUUCCAGUGGGGGCAAAGGUAUUGCUUAUUUGCACUGCCUACCUUAUCUUUUCUCAGACUGAAAAAGAACCAGGCUCCUUUCUGCUGCCAAAUAGAGUCAUCAUAACAAGAGGAAUUAUUUUCAUGCCUGCUUACUGUGCUAUUUGUUGGAUCAUGUUCUAUUUGGGAUAUUAUUCACUUUCCAAAAGAAACAAACAGCUCUACAUCAGUAUAAUAGAUACAGUAAACAUAAUGGAGAAUUCCAUUCCAUUUAGUUAGCAGAAGCCUGGUAGCUAGAGAUUCAUAGGCAAAUGUAACAUGAUUUUUAUCUUUGCUAUGAAAACAAUCUGGAGGGACAUUCCUGUAGUCUUGGAACUGUAAAUGCAUUUUCCAUAAAUCAUUUGACUAAUACUUGCUUUGAUUCCUGGAAGUGAUUUGACAACCCACCAGUAAAAAUAACAUAACCUUG